UUAGGUCCGAGAUAAUAGAUCAUAGUAAGGUCAGCACUUUACAAUAGUUUCCGACCUUUUUUUUUCAAUCACAGAGAUCAAUCUUGUUUUAACUAUUUUUUUUUAGUUUUACCUGUCCCCAAUCAUGUUCCGUAACAUUCAACUUAACGGUAAUAUCGCCAAUGCCGUAAAAGGAUGCACCGAAGUAGUGGCGACUACAUCUACCAAAGCACCGUUCGCUGGAAAAUCACCAAAACAAGUUUUGCCGACAAAGCCUAUCUUCCUGACCAACUACAAUUUGCAAAGUACACUUUUGUCUAAGAAAGCAUUGACACCAGUCACCACUACUCAAGUUCGUUUGGUCCACACUGAUUUUAAAGUUCCAGACUACACUGCAUAUCGUCGUGAUUCUGUAAAGAACCCUAGUGCUUCGAACCGUGAUACCUUUGAAAAACGUAAUGCUUUCACUUAUAUGGUACUCGGUACUGCUGUUACUGGAACAAUGUUCUGUGCCAAGGCUGUUGUUCAUAAAUUUGUUUUGUCAAUGGCACCAGCAGCUGAUGUUUUGGCUUUAGCAUCCAUUGAAGUUAACCUUAAUGAAAUACCAGAGGGCAAAAAUGCAACUAUUAAAUGGAGAGGAAAACCAUUGUUUGUUAGACAUCGUACUUCAGCAGAAAUCCAAAUUGAACAAAAUACUUCAUUGUCAGAACUUAGAGACCCUGAAGAUGAUUCUGUAAGAGUUCAAAAGCCAGAAUGGUUGGUAAUUAUUGGAGUAUGCACUCAUUUAGGUUGUGUACCAAUUGCUAAUGCUGGUGAAUGGGGUGGUUAUUAUUGUCCAUGCCAUGGAUCGCAUUAUGACGCAGCUGGUAGAAUUCGUAAAGGACCUGCACCAUCAAAUAUGGAAGUACCACCUUAUAAAUUUAUUGAUGAUAAUACACUUCUUGUAGGUUAAUAUGUUAUUAUCACAGUAUUUGUCAUUAGAUUUACAUGUAUGUUGUUAAAACAAUUUCAAAAUAUAUGUACUCCUGCUAUUUUAAUUAUAUUUUUGUUUUAAACAUAUUAUC